AUGUCGAGGCGGACCAUGGCACUUCUCUCUCAAUGGACCUCGCGUGUUUUCUCCGUGGAUAUGGACGGGGAGACGGUUUACUUCAAAAUCCAUGACACCCAAACUGGAAAAGGAGGAAAAGAAGUGCAGCGAAUGUUUGGUAACAUUCAAAAGGAUGCCAGCUGUUAUUCUCUGCUUGUUUCCAGCGGGGACAAAAUCCACACAGCUAGGUUUCACUGGAAACUCAAAGACAAACUGUUAGCAGCUCUUCCGCCACAAUAUCGUUUUUCGUCGAUGUGCUCGUUUCUGCCUGGCGUCCGAGACUCCCUCGUACAUGGCUAUUUUUUGCAAGCUCCUUCAUCUGAGAGUUCCGCUACUACCGAGCGACUUUUACGACAGUGGUUACGGCUUGACGACCCCUUACUGGUGUGCUCAUACUUGCAUGAGGAGAACACUUCACGCUGGAUUCAGCAUCUGUGGAACAACGAACAGAAUCACGACAUAGUACCGUCAGAAGCGCCGGAGUCCCACCCGGCCACACUCAACCUGAUCAACUCUGAUGUUUUCUACAGUUUCCAAGCGGCCCGUGAUAUUUUUAAGAAGUGUGCUGACAUCAUUCCGGAGGCUGCAUCUGUACUGGAACUGCUGCCUUGUGAUGGUGACGUGGAGGCCAGAAGCAAACCAGACUUCCCCAUUAUUGUCUUGGAAGGCCUGGAUGCCACAGGUAAAACCACAUUGACCGAGUCUCUCAGGGAUGCGCUGGGGGCCACCCUCCUGCGUUCCCCUCCACCGUGUCUCUCCCCCUGGAGGGCCCGCUUUGAUCAGGAACCUCCCAUCCUACGAAGGGCCUUCUACGCAUUGGGCAACUACAUCACAGCACAACAAAUUUACAGCCAAACCUCCAAGACACCUGUCAUCAUUGACAGGUUCUGGCACAGCACAGCGGCUUACGCCAUCGCCACAGCAGUAAACGGACCAGUGUGUGACCUUCCGGCAGAGGGCUCCGAGCUGUACCGCUGGCCCAGUGACCUUCUCCAACCUUGUGUCGUUUUCCUCCUUACGCUGGACCCUGAGGAGAGGAAGAGGAGGCUGAAGGACAGAGGUCAAGGGGAGACCAAAGAGGAGCAUGAACUAGAUCUCAACCAAGUUUUUCGACUCAGAGUGGAGGAGGCUUACAAGAGGAUCAGUGGUCCAACUUGCAUCAGCGUGGACGCGAGCUGCUCUGCCGAGCAAGUUCUCCAACAAGUGCUGCUUUUAAUUAAGGCCAAACGCUACUUGUAAAACAGCUCUCUCGUGUUUGGCGUCUGAGCAUCAAGUGCAUGCGCUACCACAUGUGGCCACUGGGUGCCAGACAAGGGAUGUGAAUGACAGAUUGCUCAAAAAAAAAAAAAAAAAGUCCAGUGAGAUGCUACAGACAAGGAGCCAGAGAACUCAUGUUGCCUCAAUCAGAAAUACAUAUUCAUCCGGACACACACAUACAAGCAAUCCCUAAGCCGGAGAGUGGAUUUAACUCUUGUUGUGAGCUCGCAGAAAUCACAUCAGGUAUCCUUCAGGCCCUGUGGAGCAUCACAUUGCUUGCAGACUCUUGCACUCAUGAUGGCACACAGGAAAAGGACAGAACUAUACACUUAAAUUUAAACUUUAAAAGCAAGUAAAAUCUAAAGCAAAACUGGAAAGCAUCUUUGCAAUAUAAAUUCAAGAAUUAGACAUUUAUAAUAAUAAUAAUACAUUUUAUUUAUCCCCCUGACUACCAGCAGUUCAAAUUUGUCGUCUGUAGAGGACAUUUGUGAACCUAAAUAUCUCCCACCCAGUGCAUCCAAUCAACCAAUUAACUCCUUUUGUUACUCCAAAGAGGACAUUCAGUGCUUUCCAAUGAUACCUUUACGUUCAAUUUCAAAUAUAACUGUCAUGUGAAUUCAAGAUGAGAGCAAAUGACCAGUGUUGAGCAAACUCCUUAGAACAUGCACUAAGCCAAGCCACAAGUUAUUCUACGUUAAAUGAAGCUCCACAAUGCUGUAGCUACCCAUCAGUGACGCAAGCAAAGCUGCAAUAAAAUGUGUUACUUAACUGCAUUGAUCGAACCAACUUAAGAAUCAAAAUAACCCAAAUUUUUCUUAAUAACGUCACCCAAUGUAUUACUGAUCAAUUUAAUUUGUCUUCUCAAUUUUCUUAUCUCUGAAUUCCCGUCAUGCACGCACAGUUUUGUUCUAUUGCAAAAAAAUAAUAAUAAUCAUGCUUUCAGCGAGUUCUAUGUCAGCUGUUAAUGAUUACCGACAGAGUUGACGUCUUGAAGUUCACAGGAGCUUUCUUUUGGGGUUGCACGGUAAACGCCGGAAUCUAACUGUGAAGACUCGAUUAGUAUGUUUUUUUUUAAGUUAUGGAGAUUCGGCACUUCACCGUCCGCUCCUCAGCUAUCAUUGUUGCAUGCUUUCCAUCACCAACUGCUUCUGAUCGGGGUUCAUCUGGUUUCUUUUAUAGAAUUUAAUUAAAGUACAAACCCUGGUGGAAGUUUCCCAAAA